CUCUGCUUUUGCAACAACAUCAAACGCAAACUGCAUGCCUUAUAGUUCGUGGUGGCGUUGAUGCUCUGCGAAUGCAACUUUACUUUUGCGAUUUCAGUUUAGUUUGUCUCAGUCUCUCAGUCUUAAUUUAUUGUUACGGUCGAUAUUGUGAUGUGUGCGGGCGUCGUCGCCGUCGCUGAGAAAUAGAAGAAAAAAUUAUAGAAGAAAACACAAAAAAAGUAAAGUGUUACUUGAUUGAUAUUUUGCAAAAAGGAAAUCAGUCAACAAAAAGGAAAAAAAAACAUUAAACAAAUAGAUCUUUAAGUUAAAGAAGUGUGUGUGCCGCCGCCGUCGUCAUAGUGUUGUGGGUGACAAGAGAGCAAAUUUGAAAGAAGAAAUUCCAUUCGAAAAGUCAUUUCCUAAAAGAAAAUUUGCAGUGAUUUUGUUGUAAUUCAGAGCAGUGGAAAAAGAAUUGAGAUUUCUUUACAAGAAAGACGGCCGAAACGAAUAAAAAUAGAAAUACAAAAAACAAGAAAAAAAAUUGAAUGCAUGAAUAAAAGAAGAGAAACAACAACAACAACGACGACAACAAACAGCAAAGCAAAAAAACUUAAUGGUCGCGAAAAAAUUUGCACAAUUUUUUGUAUUGCAGCAGCGGAGCGAGAACUGAACGACAGCGGAGUGCGCCGCUGCUUGUCAAACAGUCUUUAUUGUUGGUGUUUUAUUUUCUCUCUUGACUUUGUUUUAAUUUCAUUUUCUGUGUGAGUUUAUCAAUUGCAAUUACAAGUAACAUCGAGAUAUGCUGUUUGGCGGUCUGUCUGUCUGCAGUGGAAAGCGAAAAUAAUAACAACAAUUGCAACACACGCAUUAUUAAUGUUUAAAAAGAAAUAAAACAAGCAGGCGUCUGUAUGAAUGUGCAUGCAGGGCUUAGACAAACGGCAACUGGAAGAAGAAGAAACCACAACAAUAAAAAAAUCCCUACCUCCCCCAGCAGAGAAUUGUCGACAACAAAACUCUCAACGUUGACUUCGCCAUAGGCCGCAAAGUGAGCAUCCAGCCCCAACAAAAAGUGUGUGUUUAUGUGAGAGAGCCUAUGUGUGUGUGUGUGCAUGAAAACGAAGCAGAGAAGUAAGUCAGAAAACAAAAAUAAUGUAAAACAAAUAAAUUAACAGCAACAAAAAAAUGCAAUGAAUGAAAAUGAGCCAUGAUUGUGGCAGAGCCCACAGAGAAGAGAACAAAGUGUAAAUAAAUGUCUGGCAGAGAGCGGGAGACGACGUCGUUCUCAGUGUUUUGUUUUGCAAAGCAACGGCGUUUGCCAAACUCCAUUCGUGGCGGCCAGCCCUAUUGGACUGCAGUGCUGUUUUCUUUUAAUUAAUAAACAUUGACAAUUUGAGGAAUUUAUGCUGCAAAAAUAGUAAAAUUAAUAUUGAAAAUAAUAAAAUUAUAAUCUAAUGGAAAUAUGGAAGCACUCUUUGUAUGUUAGUGUCCGCGGCAGCUGAAAUAUGAGUGUAGAAAACCCUUGCAUGGCAAUACUCUGCCAAUAGAAAAAAAAUGCAAUAAAAUAUCUAGCUAAGGAAUAAGUUAAUAAAGAAAUAACAAAAAAAAAAAACAAAGUGUUACUUACAGCUAUUUUGUAAGAAAAAAAAAAUAAAAACAAAUAGCUAAGUUUAAAUAGAAAUAUAAAAAAUUAUUAAAUUCUUUGCUGAUGACCCACAGCAGGUGUAUGUGCAACAACAAAUAGUUACAAAGUGCAAAAUACAGCCAGAACACCAGAAUCUUCUUAUUCUAAUAAAACUACACCAAACAGCAGCAGCAUCAUUCAUUUAUCACAUGUGAUAUUUCGUUCGUUCUUCCUCGUGCCGUUUUUUGUUUCUUUUUGCUAAAGCUGCUCUUCUGGACAAAUUGUAAAUAUUUUUGGUAUUUCUUUACCAAGACCCAAACCGAAUCAUCGUGGUACAGAACCAAACACCCUGCUGCCCAAGGCCAACACGCGGGGGGAUUGGCCGAGGAGAAACGGUGCCCCUGGAUGCGGCACCGUUUGAGCGAAAAAUGUAAAUCGAAGCAAAAAAUAUUUAUUUUCCCUGCCACACUUUUUUAAAUGUCGCCAAACGCAACAACAACAACAGCUAGAACAAGAUUUACGGGUCACCACAAAGUUUAGGAUGAAUUUGUCCUCAAUGAUGUACCGGCUAAAUCAUGCGCAAGGACAAAAGCUGUCGUUGCCGCCCAGCGAACAACAACAGCAGCAGCAACAACAACAAUCAUCAACGCCACAACAACAACAGCAGCAGCAGCAAGUCAUACCCAGUCAUAUUCUGUUGCAACAACAACUGGAUGCUGCCGCCAGUUCAGCUGCUGUGGCAGCCAGCAAUGCUGCCGCUGCUGCAGGAGGGGAUGCUGCCAAUGUUUUCAUAGCCAAUUUUGCUGGUGGCGCUGCAUCAACGCUGGAUGCAACGGCGGAAGCCGGUAACUCCAACCCAGUUCGCAAUUUGAUACACAUCCAACAGCAGCAUGCUGUCGCCGCAGCCGCUGCCGCCACACGCCAGCUAAACAACAAUGUAAGCAAUAUUGUCAUUAGUUCGGUAGACUCGCUCGCCAGUGCUUCCGUCGAAGAGAAAAUCAAGCUAUUAAAGACUGCCAUUAAAUCGGAACCCCUACAUGACAUUUCCAGCGCAACAACAACUGCAGCAGCAUUGGCGGCGGCGGGCAGCAGUAGCAAUCACAGCCAGGUCGCCAAUCUCAGCAGCGAUUGCAAGGAAGAGUUCAUAAGUCUGGCGGCCUGUUCGGCCCUGGCAAACAUUGCCCCCUCAACAGCAGCAGCACUCAAAUCGGGAACUUUGGCAUUGAAAACGGCAACGGGUAUUGCUGCUGUCAAUGCCAGCACAGUGGCGGGAUCUACACAAGUUACCAUAACGACCGCACCAAGCGUUGCUGGUGGUAGUUCAACAAGUAAUGUGGCGGCAGCUGCUGGUGGCUCUGCAGAUCCUUCCAAUGGCAGUUCAGCGGUUUUUCUGCCCUCAAAACGAGCCCGUUUGGAAUUAAGGGAAGAAUGGAUUUCCACACCUAGUCCCGGCAGUGUGCCCAGCACUGCACCUUUAAGUCCAUCUUCAGCCUCUCAAAAUCACAUUUAUGGCGCAAAUUUAUCGAAUGGAUACUCAUCGCCCAUGUCGGCGGGUAGUUAUGACCCGUUUUCACCAAAUGGGAAACAAGGACGAGAUGAUCUAUCGCCUUCAAGUAGUCUCAAUGGCUUCUCCACGAGUGAUGCUAGUGAUGUCAAGAAAAUCAAAAAAGGUCCUGCGCCCCGUCUGCAAGAAGAACUGUGCCUGGUCUGUGGUGACCGGGCAUCGGGUUAUCACUACAAUGCCCUCACCUGUGAGGGUUGUAAGGGCUUCUUCCGGCGGAGUGUUACCAAAAAUGCAGUCUAUUGCUGUAAAUUCGGCCAUGCCUGUGAAAUGGACAUGUACAUGCGACGCAAAUGUCAAGAGUGCCGCCUGAAAAAAUGUCUGACCGUUGGCAUGCGACCGGAAUGUGUAGUCCCAGAGAACCAGUGUGCAAUGAAACGGCGCGAAAAGAAGGCGCAAAAGGAAAAGGAUAAACUGCAGACGAGUAUUGGUGCCACAGAUGUCAUCAAAAAGGAGAUACUCGAUUUGAUGACCUGUGAACCGCCAACACAUCCCACAUGUCCGCUGUUACCUGAAGACAUUUUGGCAAAAUGUCAGGCUCGAAAUAUACCUCCUCUAACGUACAAUCAAUUGGCAGUUAUAUAUAAAUUAAUAUGGUAUCAAGAUGGCUAUGAACAGCCAUCCGAGGAAGAUCUCAAACGUAUAAUGAGUUCACCUGAUGAAAAUGAAAGUCAAACGGAUGUGAGUUUUCGUCAUAUAACUGAAAUCACUAUACUCACAGUACAAUUAAUUGUGGAAUUUGCCAAGGGUUUGCCAGCGUUUACCAAAAUACCACAAGAAGAUCAAAUUACUCUGUUAAAGGCCUGCUCAUCGGAAGUUAUGAUGUUGAGAAUGGCCCGUCGUUACGAUCACAGUUCAGAUUCGAUAUUCUUUGCCAAUAAUCGAUCGUACACCCGUGACUCGUACAAAAUGGCUGGCAUGGCUGACAAUAUUGAGGACUUGCUGCAUUUCUGUCGACAAAUGUACUCCAUGAAGGUGGACAAUGUCGAAUAUGCUUUACUCACUGCCAUUGUGAUCUUCUCCGAUCGGCCGGGUCUCGAAGAAGCCGAACUAGUCGAAGCGAUACAAAGUUACUACAUCGAUACACUCCGCAUUUACAUACUUAAUCGCCACUGUGGCGAUCCCAUGAGUCUCGUAUUCUUUGCAAAACUCUUAUCCAUAUUAACCGAACUGCGGACACUUGGAAAUCAGAAUGCAGAAAUGUGUUUCUCUCUCAAGCUGAAGAAUCGCAAACUGCCAAAAUUCCUGGAAGAGAUUUGGGACGUUCAUGCCAUUCCACCCUCGGUACAGUCGCAUCUGCAGGCGACACAGGCCGAAAAGGCGGCGCAAGAAUCGCUGGCACCCACCUCGGGUCUGGUGACAGCGAUACAACAGGCCACAACCUCCACGUCCAUCAAUACAGCGCUGGCCACCUCAUCCACAUCACCACCUGCCACAGCAGCUUCCACGCCAAAUGGCGGUGACUAUGGCACAGAUAUGAGUCUAUCAAUGAGUCAGUCGAACAGUGCAUAGCAAUAGCUGUUAAUACAUAACCAUGCGAUUGAUGGUGGUGAAGAUGGCGAUGACGACGACGACGAUGAUGGUGAUGUUGGAGGCAACAACAAUGGCGUAGAGGGAGUUACAGUUCUAGAGCAAGCAGAAGCAGUUAUUGCAUUUGGCGAUCAUAGUUUGCAAUAGAAGGCGUCGAGAAGACAUCCCAUAGAUUGGCAGUUCUUUUUUAGGUUUUCUUUUGAUUUUUCUUUGCAGCCACAUCAAAGUUAUGUUUUUAUUUUCAUAAAUUAAUUGUUGUUGAAGUUUUCUUAAAUCGUCGUUGAUCAAGCUAAUGAUGAUGAUGAUAAUAAUACACUUCCAUUGUUGAAAUUUGUUGAAAGGAAAGUUGGACUCGUGCAUGUCAAACUCUCAGCUUGUUUCUAGUCAGCAUACAUUACAGACAAAGAAGUAUAUUUAAAUCCUGGCAGUUCCCUUAUAUAAUAUGACAUUUAAUACCGCAUUUCCUUCUUGUAUGCUUUGAACUCUAUAUUAGACCUCCUUAUACUACCAACUGACAUUUUUAAAGCAUCCAUCAAUUAGACGAAUAUAUAUUUUGGUAUUAAUUUAUACAUAUGUAUGUAUAUACUACACAUUUUGUAUUUAAUUCUAAUAUUCCCUCUUGACCAUAUAAAGUUGACUAUUUACACAUUUUAUUAACUAAUCCAAACUUUUAGGACAAUUUUUUUUGGGGAUUAAGAAAAGAAUGGGUUUUUGACAUGAGUCCACCAGAACAUCUCUCAUUUGAUUUAGGAAAACCUUCAACAAUUAUGACAAAGAAAAUACAAAAUUAUUAAAAUAAAAAAAAAUUAAACACUCACACAUACAAAACAAAAAACCUGAGAGUAAAGAUUGUUAAACAAAAUAUGUUUAUUAUUAUUAUUACUUAUACCAUAGUAUUUAGGUUGAGCGAUAAUGUUAAUAACUUCAAAGUAUGAUGUAAAAAGCCCAUAACAAUAACAAAACAAAAUCAAAUUUAUAUUUAAUAAUAAAAAGUCUAUUAUAUACAAUUUGGUAUAUAUGAAGAUGAUGAUGAUGAUGCAAAACAAAAAGCAAAAGAGAAAGAAAUGAACUUUGUUUACAACUUCCUCCCAGACCUGCUGACCUGAAAAACUAUUUCCCCUCCCCCUCAAAACAGUCCCGGUGAACUAGAAACACACAAGAAAACAAAAUUAAUAAUAUAUUUAUAUAUGUAGACAUACAUAAAAAUGGAAAUUAACCAUAAAAUACAUUCUUACAAACUUUGGCUUUUCUUUUUUACGUUUCUUAAGAUUUUAUCUAAAUAAACAAAAUAAAAAAACAAAGAAAACAAAAAAUAACUAUUAAAAAAUCAUCAACAACUACUAUUAUAUAUGGAUAUAUAAAAAAAGGAAAACAAUAAUGUUAUAAAUAACAUAUAAUAAUUAAUAUUAUAAAACAAAAAUACUUUUUUUAAUUUUUAUGGAUAAAAAUACGAAAACUAAAAAAAAAACAAAAACAAACUUGGACUGAUUUCUCACAUUUUUAGAUCUACGAGUUACACAAUAAGAAACCAUGAAAUGGAAACAAAAAAUAUUCAUUUUUUAGAAUUCCCUCCCUUGAAAAUUUUAUAAAUUUUAUAUAGACAAACAAACAAACACAACCACAAUGAAAACUUCAUACAUAUUUGGCGGCAAUUAUAAAAACAUAAAUAUAUAAUUUUUUAUACGAAAUCUAAGAAAAAGUAAAACAAAACAAACAAAAAAACCAACAACAAAGUGAUAGUAAGUUAUUAUGUUUUGCUUUCUUUAGUUGUAACAAAUUAAAAAAAAAAUAACAUAACGGCAAAAACAUUUUUUUACAUUUUUUGGAAAAAGACUUUGAAUCUUUGUUUUAAGUAUGCAAAUCUAUAUUUAUAGUUUUAUUUUAAUUAUCGAUAAUUUUUUUUAUAUUCAUUACCACAUAAGCCCAAAAUAAUUUUGGCAUUUCUUGGCAAUUUACUUUUUUCCAAAAAAGAUUUCCAAGCAUGGCCUUAUUUUUUAUGAAAAAAAAUGCAAAAAAACACACAAAAUUUACAAGAAUUUUUUUAUAAAUAAUUUACACAAAUUAAUUACUUUAAGCAAAAUUUUUUUCUAAAACAUAAUUUUUUAACAAAAUUGUUUAGAACAAUUUCCUUAUAAGCUUUUGUUUUUCUAAUUUUUAAAGAUACUUUUAUCAUUAUUAUUAUUUUUUUUAAAUAUAAUUAUUAUGUAUUAUUAAUAGUUUGCUUUGCUCUUAUAUAAGUGAAAUAAAUUAUUUCCGAUUUCAAAAUUGUGCAAUUGUUUUUAUUUAAAAUAUAAAACUACUGAAAAAACUGUAUAAAAAAGAAAUAAAAACACAUAUAUUUAAUAAUAAUUUAAAUAAUGAAAAAAAAAAUAACAAUAAAAAUUAAGCAGAAAAAAAUUACAUACGAAUAUUAAUAAUUUAAGAUAAUAUGAUUUCUGUUUUAUUUUCUUUUUUUCCUUCUUUAUUUUCGUUUCUCAUAAUUUAAACAAAACAAAACUGCAUUGUAUAUUAAGAAGAAAAACAAAAUACAUACCCACAACAAACACACACACACCCAUAAUCUACAUGAUAAUACUAAUAAAUAUAAAUGGAAAAAUAUCCUAUGUAAAAUAUUGAAUAAAACAAACAAAAAAUUAAAUAAAAACAAACUUGUCAAACAAAUAAAUACAUUGAAA